UUUUACAGGAAUUAGCAGGAAUAGGUGGCGACACAAAAUUUAUAAAAUCAGACACAACACUGCAGACAAAUGUUUAUUUGUCUGUUGGUUCGGUUUUAGUUUGACGGCAUCAGCAGGUUUGAUAAGGUUGCUGUCUGGAAGCAAAACGAACAUUAGUGACAGAUUUUUUCUUGGUGGCAUGCAGUCUGUUCGUGGAUUUCAAAUGUACGGAGUUGGACCACACAAUGAAAACUGUUCGACUGGAGGAGAUGCAUUCUGGGCAGCAGGUGCUCAUGUCGUCACACCGUUACCCUUCCAACCAGGGAAAAGUAGAUUUGGUGAAUUAUUCAGAACGCAUUUCUUUAUCACCAGCGGCAACUGUGAUGCACUAGCAUUUGGUAGCCAAUGGCGUAAUUCACUUUCAACUUUUCUUUCAAAUGCUCGUUGGUCAUACGGAAUGGGCGUGGCCUUAAACUAGGUUUAGCACGGGUUGAAAUCAACUACUGCAU